AUGGCGCGUCCAAUUGAGUAUGUGAGAGAUAUCAAUGACUCAAAGGACCUAUGGAAGAUUUUUGUUAGGUGCAGACAUAUUUGGUCGGUCACAAGUGCUUCAAAGAAGGAACACCUUGAAAUGAUUCUCGUGGAUUCUAAGAGAUCUAUGAUUCAAGCUGUUGUGCCUCCUUACUUGGUUGCCAAGUUCAAGGAAUAUCUCUGUCAUGGUUGUUCAUACGUAAUACAGAAUUUUAAAGUAGGUUCCAAUGACUUCUCUUUUAAGUCCAACGAUCACAAACACAAGCUCGUGUUCUGUGGUUCAACUUCCCUUAAGAAAACGGACAACCCAGAAAUUCCUGUUAAUGUUCUCAAUCUACUUAGUCUGGCUGACAUUGUAGAUGAUGUUCUUGGUGGAGUUGUAGAGAUUACUCAAUCGCACGUCAGUUCUGAUAACAACAAGAGCAAAGUUGUUUUUUUAAUUACUGAUAAUAGCAAAUACAUGGUUGUGUGUACCUUAUGGGGAAUAUUUGCAAUCCAAUUCAAUGAGUAUUGGACAAAAAAUAAGGAUGCUGGUAAUAUGGUUGUACUUCUGAUUAAUGCUCGAAUAAAGGAGGCUCAAGGCAACUUUCCUUUAAACGUAUCCAAUGCGUGGAAUGGCACAAAACUAGUUAUUAAUGAUACAGGUUUUGAACAGGUUUCUAAGCUAAAAGAAAGUUUUAAAGGUGAUUUCCCAAAAUUAUCAGAUACAGUCGUGCAAGUUAGUGCAUCACAGAAUUCACAAUACUCGGAUUUCGAUAAGUUUUUAUGGAAAGCUGAUGUUUUAAGUCUUGCAGAAAUAGGGGGUUUGCAGCAGGAAACUACAUGCGUAACUGUUGCCACGCUGGAUAAAUUUGAUGUUGGACAAUCUGGAUGGUAUUACGAUGGAUGUGUUGACUGUACAAAGAGUGUGACUCUGAGGGAUGGAAAGCUUCAGUGUUAUGCCAAGCAUAUAAGUCCUUCUCCCGUGCCCAGGUUUAAACUGGAAAUACUGGCUGUUGACGGUAAAUGCAAUGCAAAGUUCAUUUUUUGGGACGUCGACUGUGUUAAGUUGGUAGGCAAAUCCGCGGCUGAGAUUAUAAAUGGUCUAAAAAGGAGUGGGGAGUAUGAUCCGCUUGAAUUUCCUUACGAACUUGAUUCAAUAUUGAAGCGUGAGCUGGCCAUCAGAGCUGUAUUCCAACCAAAAAAUGGACGCCUUUCUGUGAUUGGUUUCAGAGAUGAUCCGGAAACCCGUAGCAGAGUCAAGGAAAAUUUUAGAGUUGAAGAGAUACUGACGAAUUGUUAUUUCUCAUGCAGCCUACAUCUGCGCAUAAUUGAACCAACAUCCCAGGACGAAUUUCCAAGUGUUUCUGAACCUCUGUCUGUCUCAGCCGAUUAUGAUCCUUCUGCCUCAAAUACUAAUCUUACCCCUUCCAAGAGAAUUUUGAGCGAAUCUGUUGAGGAAUUUGAAGGUGUACAGCUUUCGUCGACGAAGUUAAUUAAAGAUAUCAAGAAGGAAGAGUAG